GGGAGCGCGCUCGCGGACGCGCGUCCUCCGCUUUCCAGGCUCCGUCGCUGACGCGUCGUAGACGUUGGGGAGCGGGAAGGGAGAGGCAGCGGGAUCGCGAUGAACAGCGGUGGCGGCUUCGGUCUGGGCUUAGGCUUCGGCCUCACCCCUACGGCGGUGAUUCAGGUGACGAAUCUGUCGUCGGCGGUGACCAGCGAGCAGAUGCGGACGCUUUUUUCCUUCCUAGGAGAAAUCGAGGAGCUGCGGCUUUACCCCCCGGACAACGCACCUCUUGCUUUUUCCUCCAAAGUAUGUUAUGUUAAGUUUCGUGACCCAUCAAGUGUUGGCGUGGCCCAGCAUCUAACUAACACGGUUUUUAUUGACAGAGCUCUCAUAGUUGUUCCUUGUGCAGAAGGUAAAAUCCCAGAGGAAUCCAAAGCCCUUUCGUUAUUGGCUCCUGCUCCAACCAUGACAAGUCUGAUGCCUGGUGCAGGACUGCUUCCCAUACCAACCCCAAAUCCCUUGACUACCCUUGGUGUUUCACUUAGCGGUUUGGGAGCUAUACCAGCAGCAGCACUAGACCCCAACAUUGCAACACUUGGGGAGAUACCACAGCCACCACUUAUGGGAAAUGUGGAUCCUUCCAAAAUUGAUGAAAUUAGGAGAACGGUCUAUGUUGGAAAUUUGAAUUCCCAGACAACGACAGCUGAUCAACUACUUGAAUUUUUUAAACAAGUUGGAGAAGUGAAGUUUGUGCGGAUGGCAGGUGAUGAGACUCAGCCAACUCGGUUUGCUUUUGUGGAAUUUGCAGACCAAAAUUCUGUACCAAGGGCCCUUGCUUUUAAUGGAGUUAUGUUUGGAGACAGGCCACUGAAAAUAAAUCACUCCAACAAUGCAAUAGUAAAACCCCCUGAGAUGACACCUCAGGCUGCAGCUAAGGAGUUAGAAGAAGUAAUGAAGCGAGUACGAGAGGCUCAGUCAUUUAUCUCAGCAGCUAUUGAACCAGAGUCUGGAAAGAGCAAUGAAAGAAAAGGCGGUCGAUCUCGUUCCCACACUCGCUCAAAAUCCAGGUCUAGCUCAAAAUCCCAUUCUAGAAGGAAACGAUCACAGUCAAAACACAGGAGUAGAUCCCAUAAUAGAUCACGUUCAAGACAGAAAGAUAGACGUAGAUCUAAGAGCCCACAUAAAAAACGCUCUAAAUCGAGGGAGAGACGGAAGUCAAGGAGUCGUUCGCAUUCACGGGACAAGAGAAAAGACGCUCGAGAAAAGAUCAAGGAAAAGGAAAGAGUGAAAGAGAAGGAUAGAGAAAAGGAAAGGGAAAAAGAGAAAGAGAGGGAAAAAGAACGUGAAAAAGAAAAGGAUCGGGGUAAAAACAAAGAUAAAGACCGGGACAAAGAACGGGAAAAGGACCGGGAAAAAGACAAGGAAAAGGACAGAGAGAGAGAGCGGGAAAAAGAGCAUGAAAAGGAGCGAGACAAAGAGAAGGAAAAGGAACAGGACAAAGAAAAGGAACGAGAAAAGGACAGAUCCAAAGAGGCAGAUGAGAAAAGAAAGAAGGAUAAAAAAUCCAGAACACCACCCAGAAGUUACAAUGCAUCAAGAAGAUCUCGUAGUUCCAGCAGGGAAAGGCGUAGGAGGAGGAGCAGGAGUUCUUCCAGAUCACCAAGAACAUCAAAAACCAUAAAAAGGAAAUCUUCUAGGUCUCCAUCCCCUAGGAGCAGAAAUAAGAAAGAUAAAAAGAGAGAAAAAGAAAGGGACCACAUCAGUGAAAGAAGAGAGAGAGAACGUUCAACCUCUACAAGAAAGAGUUCUAAUGACAAAGAUGGGAAGGAGAAGUUGGAGAAGAACAGUACUUCAUUUAAAGAGAAAGAGCACAAUAAAGACCCAGAUUCAAGCGUGGGCAAAGAAGUAGAUGACAAGGACACCCCAAGGACUGAGGAAAACAAAGUACAGCAGAAUGGGAAUUGUCAGCCCAAUGAAGAAAACCUUUCCACCAAAACAGAAGCAGUAUAGGACCGACAAAUGCACCUCUACACUCAACGCUGGAAUAAAAGCUUUUAAUACUCUCAGCAGGAUGUAAACAGGGAAGAAAUCUAGUUGAGCAUAAAGAUAGGAGCUAACAGCUUUUCUAGUUGUUAGGUGACUUUGUGGCCAUCUUGUUACUGAGUAAGAAAAUAAAGCAUGGACAUCAUGACAAUAACAGAUGUUACCCAAACUCCUCAUCUUCUAAAAUCUGCAUUUCCAUGGUGGCUGACACGCUUGUCAUGUGGUUUGUUAGUGUUUGCCAAGAACCAUUGCAAAUAAGCUGAACAUCAGAGAUCCAAAUUUGUACUAUCCCUAAAGACUGAAGAUAAGCAUUGGAGGCUCUAAAAAAAUGCUAGUUACUGAAUUUUGUAUUGUUUUACUUUUUUUUUUUUUUUUUCAGUAUACACAGUCUGAUGAUGUACUUGAAACUGGUGCAAAUGUAUACACACCCUUGUAAGUGCAAAGUAUGUAGGAAGUUUUAACAUUUACUUCACAGGAUUUACAGUGAUUGUGUUAAUUCUCACUAUUGUGUUUUCUUUUGCUCACUGUUUAGGACAGCAGUUUUUCUUUAAAAUAGUUUUACAGAUUAAUUAAGUGGAUAAAAAAACAACUGACAUAAUGCAUGCUACUGUUCUCUUUGAAAAGGAAGAGCAACUGUGUUGAAUACUAAUAAUAAUGUAUUAGUAUUCAGUGUUUAGAAUCAUUGGGUCUACCCACAAAGUCAGCAUUUCUUUUUGAACUUCCUUGACAUUUCCAAGCUUAUUAUGAAUAAUAUUGCAGUGUGUCUUGUCAGCUGUAGGUAGCAAAGGUGCCCUUACAGAAAGGAAACUGGUUUUCAAAAUGGGCUAUGGGAGCACAAGCUAAAGCUUUAGUGCCUUCUACAAUGUGGUAUACUGUUUUCUAGAAUUUUAUAUGUGCUAGUCAUUCUCAACUUACGUGGAAUCUAGAUGGAUAUUCCAUUCACACCCACAGAGAAGUGUGCAAGUGGUAUGUCAGAAGAGCUUCUCACUUCACCUGAUAUGAGAAGGAAGUCCUGUUUUCAAGAGUGACUUCAGUGUUCAAAAUAACAAUGCAGUUUUGGGACCAUCAGUUUUAUACUGUGAUAAUUGAAAAUGAAACAUGUUAUUUUUCUUAAAUCAAAGGAAACUCUUUAGUUGUCUGCAUUGGAUGGCCUUAAUUAUUACCUCUUAAUCAUCUUCUCAUAAAUGAUGUGCAGAUUAUACUUAAAGGGAGGACUAGGAGUAUAUGGGAGGUUAUUUGUUUUAUGUUUGAGGAUAUGUUUACUUGAGUUUAAGAUAUAUAGGUCAUUCGUUAUUCUUAGGUUCACUUUUUGCAGAAAGUAUGAAAGUAGUAAAAUGACAACAUUGCUAAUGAUUUUCCCCCAAAAUACUACUUGUAGUUUCUGAACUCUUCAUUAUUGUUGUACUUUCAAAAACGUGAUACCUUUCAAUUAGCAUGUUCUUAAAAAAUCAAGUAUAAUUACUUUAAUGCAAUCUAAUACAAUCAAAUUACUCAGUUGCCUUACCUCAUGGGAAGAGUUACUGUUAUAAAUUGAAAAAGCUGAGUAGCAUGUUAGUAACUUGGUUUCAGCUUGAGUUUCCUCUUAAUGUUAAUACUGUUGAAACUUAAGUAUUUGGUAAAGAAUGGAAAGAGAUCCUCUUAUUGCAAGUAACGAAGCCUGGUUUGAUUAUGAAGCUGCUUAAUCAUUCUUCAUGUGUAAAGAAUUACUGUGUUGUUUUUUUUUGUUUUUGUUUUUUCCUUUUUGUCACUGUGUACAUUAAAAUUUUGGAAAAUGCUUUACUAUGUAAAGUAUAGAUGGUCAUCUUAAUCAUUCAGCCACAUAUGGUUGGCUGGUAAACAGCUUAUUCUGAUACAGGAAUGCUUGGGUGCAUAUGGAAAGAUUGUGAAUGAGUGUGUGUCUUGCAUCAACAGCUGUCUUAUUUAUGAUAUGUAAGUAGAAUAGAGCAAAUGUUUGAAUCUUUGUUAUUUUUAGUACCAUUUCUCUAAUAAAACUAAGUAUUUUAGAGGAAAAUAUUUGUUUAUGCAUUUCAAAAAAAGCAUCUUAGUUUCAUCCUUGUUUUGGUUAGCAUAGAGGUUGUUUUGACACGGAGAGUGCACAUGUUUGUGUGGUGUCUAUAAAACAAUCACUUAAAGUUUGAGUGUUUGCUUGUACUCUGGACUCUCAAAUGGUUUUUAUGUUGAUAAUUAACAUUUAAUUUGGUUCCUGCUUCUAGUCCUUUUUCUCGGUAAUAUUUAUUCAGCUUUAAAAUAAUCAUGCUAAUCUUGAAAUACACUGAUUUGUGAAAGCUGGGAAUGAGUUAGGAAUACAAUAGAUCUGGAGAAAGUGAAAUCAGAUUAUUAUGUAGGAUUUGACAUUUGCUUACAUGGGCUUAUGGAGCAAAGAUUUCCAGAAUCUAGAGAUUUUGUGUGUCUGUGUAUGUGAGUUUGUGAGUGUGAGAGAGACAGACCUAUUUUCUCUUUGUUCACUUGCAGGAGCUGUUAUGUUUCCAUUUGCUUAUUUUCUUUCAAGAUUUUUGUUGUUGCUGUUUUUGUUUAAGGCUAGUCUUUUUUCAUCCCGGGUAAAUGUUGUCAGGGAAACUUGAGGUAAGGCCAAGAAGACACCCCUUGUACACUUGAUACCUUCUGUAGUUAUCUUUUUUUGCUUAAUUAUACAGAGUACACACUGUUCCUUAAGUUACAGUUGCUAUUCAUCAUUCUAGACAAAUUCUGUUGGUCCUCUUAUUCUUGCUUUUAGCAGUGCACACCGAACUGGUAACACAAGAUGGUCCUUCAUAAGCUAGCUAAUAAGUUUCAUGUGUGAAAAUUUAUAAAUCCCUAACUUCUGCCAUUAUCUCCUUAGUUAUUAUUUUCCAUCUAAUCUAAUUACCUUAUAAUUAUAAACACUAGUCAGCUUGUGAUCUUCCCCGUGUUUAGAAUUCUUUUUUUUGAAGAGGUUCAGUAUGGGCUUUGUUGACCCAAGAAGUGUCAGAGGCUUAAAUUUUGACAUGCUCAAUUACAAAUAAGAAUGCAUUUAUAAUCAGAAGGGAGGUUUUUUUGGUCAAGAAAAUAAUUUCUUUUGUGAUAUUAAUUUUUCAGGACCCUCAGUCAUUCCUAUGUAUAUGUUGCUAUCUUUAUUUUAAAACUUCAGAAAAAGAACUCUGAUCCAAACCUGCUCUCAACUGAAGGUAUUAAAAUUUAAGGUUUAUAAUGUAUAGUAAUAGGCUUUAAAAUUUUUAAAGAUCUGUGAGAAAUAGAGUAUGAUUUGAUUUAAUCAUUUUUCUGUAGUUGAAUUAACAAUUAAAAUGAAUCCUUUUGAAGGGAUGCAUUGAAUAACUUCAUUGAGUCAUUUCUUAUAUUAUCAUUAUAAGAUAGUAUUUGAUUUUAAUGGAGUACAUUAUGAAGUAGAGCCACUCCCAUGAAGUAAAAGUGCAGUGACCAUAUGUUCCUUAUGUAUUUAAAUGUUUUUUAUUUUGAUUACCUAUAUACUUAGUA